AUGAUCAAUAGCAGAAGCUUCAAAGAUCUUCAAAGGCUUAAAAACAUCCACAUUUCUUCACCCUACAGAAUGGUUCAUCACAGAGUUACUAUCAUUGGUUCCGGUCCAGCAGCUCACACAGCAGCGAUCUACCUUGCCAGAGCAGAAAUCAAGCCUACGUUGUACGAAGGUAUGUUUGCCAACGGUGUCGCUGCCGGAGGACAGCUCACUACCACCACGGACAUCGAGAAUUUCCCAGGUUUCCCAGAAGGCUUGUCUGGUACCGAUCUCAUGGAACGUAUGAAACAACAGUCUGAAAGAUUUGGCACCGAAGUCAUCACCGAAACCGUCGCCAAAGUGGACACCAGCUCCAGACCCUUCAAGCUGUGGACCGAGUUCAACGAGGACGCGGAGCCACACACCACCGAUGCGCUCAUUUUGGCCACCGGAGCGUCAGCCAAGCGCAUGAACUUGCCAGGGGAGGAAACCUACUGGCAACAAGGUAUCUCGGCUUGUGCGGUCUGUGACGGUGCCGUGCCAUUGUUCAGAAACAAGCCACUUGCCGUUAUCGGUGGUGGAGACUCAGCUUGCGAAGAAGCUGCGUUUUUGACCAAGUAUGGCUCUAAGGUGUUCCUGCUCGUACGUAAGGACCAUCUACGUGCCUCGACCAUCAUGCAAAGACGUGCCGAGAACAAUGAGAAGAUCGAAAUCCUGUACAACACCGAGGCCCGUGAGGCCAAGGGUGACGGCAAAUUCUUGAAUGCCCUCAGAAUCUUCAACAACAAGACCAACCAGGAAUCAGACCUCCCAGUCAACGGGUUGUUUUACGCCAUUGGUCACACCCCAGCUACUUCGAUCUUGGCUGGUCAAAUUGACCUCCACGACACCGGCUACGUUAAGACUGUUCCAGGCACCGCUCUCACAUCUGUGCCCGGUGUCUUUGCCGCCGGUGACGUUCAGGACUCCAGAUACAGACAAGCCGUCACUUCUGCCGGUUCCGGUUGUAUGGCUGCUUUGGACGCCGAAAAAUUCUUGGCCGAACAGGAGUAA